UGCAGACACCGUGUUUCUCUCUCUCUCAACUUUUCCUUACCGUUAAGUCCUGAAAACGAGUUUUGCCUCUCUCUCGCGCUUUCUCUCAUACAAAAGAGCUUUCAAAGUGUUAAAUUUGACUUGUCUUCAGAUCCAUCAAAGCCUCUAAAAACUAUAACCCCACAUUUCUCCAGAUCUAAACUCCUAAAUAAAUUUCUCGAAUUUCGAUGAAGGGCUCGAGCCAGUGGUUCACGAUCGGGCUCGUAUCGGCCUGGUACGCAUCGAACAUUGGGGUUCUUCUUCUCAACAAGUACUUGCUAAGCAACUAUGGAUUCAAGUACCCGAUCUUUCUCACCAUGUGUCACAUGACUGCUUGUUCAUUGUUCAGCUACGUUGCUAUCGUGUGGAUGAAAUUAGUGCCUCUGCAGACGAUUAGGUCUCGUGUUCAGUUCGUGAAGAUCGCCACUCUGAGUCUCGUGUUUUGUACUUCGGUCGUGAGUGGGAAUGUUUCUCUACGCUACCUUCCUGUGUCGUUCAAUCAGGCGGUUGGGGCUACGACGCCGUUUUUCACGGCGGUGUUUGCUUAUAUUAUGACGGUCAAGAGGGAGGCUUGGCUCACCUAUGUCACUCUCAUUCCUGUGGUUACUGGGGUUGUCAUUGCUAGUGGGGGUGAACCAAGCUUCCAUCUAUUUGGGUUUAUAAUGUGUCUUGGUGCUACAGCUGCAAGGGCAUUAAAGUCAGUGGUUCAAGGGAUUUUGCUGUCCGCAGAAGGGGAAAAAUUGAAUUCUAUGAACCUUCUGCUGUACAUGGCACCAAUAGCUGUUUUAUUCUUACUUCCCGCGACACUGUUUAUGGAGGAAAAUGUGGUUGGGAUCACAAUAGCUCUUGCCAGAAAUGAUAUCAAAAUAAUCUGGUAUCUACUCUUCAAUUCUGCCUUGGCAUAUUUUGUGAACUUGACCAAUUUCUUGGUCACUAAACACACCAGCGCUUUGACUCUCCAGGUCCUGGGAAAUGCAAAAGGUGCUGUUGCUGUGGUUGUCUCCAUUCUAAUAUUUAAGAAUCCCGUCUCAGCAACAGGGAUGCUGGGCUACAUGCUUACUGUCAUUGGAGUCAUUUUGUAUAGCGAAGCCAAGAAGAGGAGCAAAUGAAACUCCUUAUCCUCAAGUGAAGAACUUGCCGUUAGACCUUUUUAGAGCCAAGGUUGUUGUAACACAUGCUUGAGCCAAAUCAUUAUGUGGUUACCCUUUUAUUCGUUUCUUGGAAACUGCAAGGAGAGGUGUUUCUACCUGUUUCAACGCUUCGAAGUGGAGAAAUUUCCACGGAAGAGGUUGUUGGUCUUUCUGAUCGCAGUAUCAGCCAUUCUUUUGGGUUAGACUUGGAUUCAAGCCUAUUCAACCUCUCUCUCUCUCUCUCUGUGUUUUUAGACAUAGUGCCAAUAUUUUAUUUAUUUAUUUUUUUUUUGUGGUCAAAUCAGGAAAAGCAUGCCAAUAUAUCUGUACCAUUAAGUGAUCAUUAAAGAGAUGAUUAUAUACUGUUGUAUAAGAACUAUAUAAUGUUUAUCAUUGAUUGAUCAUAUAUAGCAUUAAAAUGUUUCCUCCUCCAUA